AUAUUAUAUUUGGAGUUUUGACAAGUAACUGUAUUUAGAGAGAGCUCAAAAUUUACAUUUCCCCCUAGUCGAACAUGCCUCUCAUUUACUUUGAUCGCACGAUUAACUCGCCGGAGGAGCUCAUCCUGGCGGGAUUGAAGGACUCCAGCACAGGUACCUCCCUGCGCGAUCUGUCCACCUUUGUGACGCGCAAGACGGGAUUUCCGGGCGAAGUCUGCUUUAAGGUUAUCACAGAGGCCCUCGAGGAAGCCAUGGCCUGCAAGACCAUUCGCCAAGUGGGUGGACUCUUCUACGAGAUACCGCCAAAACCACCAAAACCACCAAAAGCGCCUCGUACGACAGCCAGACGUCGGAAAUGCUAAACAGCGCAACCAAAGACGGGGAAUGACUGUUGCCAUAAUUAAUUCAUAAUGCCGAGAGUAUCCGCUCUAGUGGCCGAGAAGAGCAGAGCAAACACUUUAUUAAAAUUAAAAUUUAUCUAAAUUGCGACAGCAAGCUAUUCUAUCCGCCUUCGUCUGACAAUGACGAAAGGGUUGAUGUGAAUGCCAGCCCUACCCGCAAAGUGCACUCCUUGUUGCUGCAACGUCUUGUGUCUGCCAAACGUCAGUCUUGGCGGUGUGGAGCGUUGAAAUUGAAAGCUCCGCUCGCUUUAUCUUUUGGCCAGGUGGGGCGAAGAUGGAAUAGAAUGGGGGGCCUGGGCCCGGCCCUUUGCAUUCUCAAUGUGUCACUUUGAUUUAUUAUUUUCGACAGCCCUCCCCACGGAACUCCGCUCACAGGACUUGUGAGUCUAAGCAGCAACAAAAAAUUUUAUUUUUUAAAAAUCAUUAAAAUUUAUAAUUUCCCCUUCAAAA